CCCCCUGCUCUCCAUGCGUCCGAGCACAGCACCCGCGCUGCACUCCUCUAGGAUUCCGAGCCACCAUUCCACAAGAAUGCAUCUUUGCGCCCAGUAGCUUCCCCGUCCUUGUCCGAGGGGGGAGUCAUGGAGGAGGGCAGCGGCGGCGGGGAGGGGAGCACGGGCGGGGGGAGGUUCCCGAUACUGCAGGCGGGCCGGGACCCCGAGUCCAACUGGGAGGUGGACGUCGCCAAGAGCCUCGAGGAGUACCUCCUCAAGAUCUGCUCAGGCGAGAUCUCCGGCGAAGACUUCAACUUCGCCGAAGCGGCGCUAUUGCUCCAAGGAUCGGUUCAAGUUUACAGCCGCAAGGUGGAGUACUUGUACUCGUUGGUGCUACAUGCACUGGAAUUUCUAUCGCAAAAUAAGCCAGAUCGACAAGAAAAGGGUUCUGCUGAAGCUAAUGAAAAUGACCCUAGCACUACUCCCAACAAAGAAGAUGAUAUGUUUCUGGGUUUGGAUGAUGUCCCAGCGGAAACAAGGACCACUUUGGAUAAUAAUCUUGACCGGGAUGACUUGCGAAGAAAAAUUGUGAGGCCACCAGCAAAUUUAUUGGUGUUCGAAGGAGACUGUGUCGAUAGCGAAGCCAGUGAGCUGGAUUCGUAUUUGUUAGCAACAUGUGGUUUCUAUGGAGAUUUCGUCCUGCUGGAUCCUUGUGAUGCACCAGCUGUUUUUGCCUUCCUGCAAGGAAAAAAAUCAUGCAAAGAAGAUAUUCUGCCUCAUAGAGGUGGCUCAGCACCAUCUAAAGCCCGACACAAAGCCUUCACUUCCCCAAAUGCAAGAUCAGGGGGUACUGCUCGUAGAAAAACUCCUGGUGAAGUCCUGGGAAAUGCAGUUCAACCGGAGAUUGAAAAACCUCAAGAAAUGAAUCCAGGUAAAAGUCCAGCGAAAGACUGGAGUGAUCAUCCUGGUGACCUUACUCCUGAUCCCAGCAUGUCCCAGCCAGAUUAUGUAGACCCUGGAUCCCCAGAUCCUGGGGAUGAUUCCGAUGACGAGGAUCCUUAUAAAUCUUUGGAUCCACAUGAACCUGGCAACCUAAAGAUCAAUAAGAGAGGUAUUGGAAACUGUUGUUUCCCAGAAAAGGAUGUUUUAUUUCCUUAUAUAUUAUGUUCACUAACUAUAUAUUGAAUCUCCUUUCUUGAUCUGAUUGGAACAGUAAAAUGUUUUUCAAGGCAAGUUAUUGGCGCUCCUGAGAAGAAAACUCUUGCAUAUGUAUUUCCUGUUGCAAGGGUGGACAAUGUUGUUAGUCCCGAGCUAACAAAAUAUUUUGCAGUACAUAUUUCUCAGCAGGAAAAACUCGAUGUCUCCCAAUCAGUUUAUGAAACGGUGCUCAUCAUUGUUGCAAAAAUGUUUAUUUUAUUAUUAUGCAUGUUAGAUAUUUUCAAGGUAGUAACUUGUUGCAACACUUCCAUAUUGCAGCUUAGGAUGUCAUUUGAAACUGGUGACGAAAAGUGUGAAACAGUUGGAGAUCCAAAGGAUGACAAUCAUCCCAAUCCUAGUGUGCAUUAUUUCAGUGACGAUGAUGAGCCAGACAUCCCAAAUGAUCCAGAUGUUCCAUAUCCAGAUGAUGAGCCUGACAUCCCAAAUGAGCCUGCAGUCAAUAAGAGUGAUGAUGAGGGUCGAGUUACACAGCGGAGAUUGGUUGAACAUAAAAGACUUGCGGAUUUAUGUCAGUCGCAUCUGGUAAGUCGUAAGUACCAGUAAAAGCUCCAUUCUCUUUCAAAUUCGUUAGAUGUGCGAACUUUAUUUUUUCUCUACAUGUUUGCAAGCAAAUUUUUUUGUUUUUGUUUUUGCAUUACAAGCAACUUGGUGCCAUGCAAGUUGCCAAAAUAUAUAGCGUGGCCAGGUUAGCCAGUGUGAAGCUGUUUGGAAUAGCAUGUUAGGGCUCAGCUCACAUACUAAAUUGCACAGAUAUGGUGAUACGGAUACAGACACUGCGGUACCUUGCUACUUCGAUUUUUCAAAAACGCCGAUAGGGGAUGCAUU